GCAGCCAAACGUGACUCUAGAUAUUACUCCUCCCCCGCCAUGGAUAAUAAUCAAGAAGCUGAGAGAGAAACUUAAGAAAUAUAUUUAUCAGUUGGGUUUUGCUUUAUUAUAUCAAAACGCCUCCAAAAAAAAUCUGAAAAAGCUCACAAAUCAACUACUUGGGUUUUGCUGCUUUGAUUGAUGUAAUAGUUCUAAGGUGCUGCUGCUAUGGCUCUUGCACCUGGUCGUCAAUUCCACCCAGCAACAAGUUUCUUUGACUCGUUUCAGAGCUCCUUCUCCAAAUUCCAUGGCACCUCUAUCCAGUUCUUCAGGUACAGUUCCUCCAUUCCUUACAAAAAGCACACUUUCCAUGCAAAUUCUGUACAAGACCCACAUAGGAAAUCACAUAUUUUAAGCACAGACCGACCCGUUUCUAGCAAUAGUAGUAGUUGGAUAGAUAAAUGGAAUGAAACCCACAAACAAAAUGGACCGAAACAGCCCCGGGACGUGUUGAAUUAUCGUAGUAGUAGUGGGAGUGGGAGUGGGAGUGUGAGUGGCAAUGUGUUGAAUUCAAGCUCUGUGAAGAGUGAUGGUAGUAGUGGUGGUAGUAGUAGUACAAUGGAGAAGAUUGUGGAAAAGUUGAAGAAAUUUGGGUACAUUGAUGAUGGUAAUGAGGGUAAAGAGAAGGGUCAUGAGAGAGUUAUUGAAAAAGGGUCUGUGGAGGAUAUAUUUUAUGUUGAGGAAGGAAUGUUGCCGAAUUCGAGAGGUGGGUUUUCGCCAGAAUCUCCAUUGGGGGUUGAGAGUAUGUUUGGAGGUGAUGGAGAGGUAAGGUUUCCGUGGGAAAAGCCGAAGGAGAAGGAGAAGGAAGAGGAAGGUGGGAUUAUGGCGAGGAGAAAGAGUAGGACUUCAUUGGCUGAAUUGACUCUGCCAGAGUCAGAGUUGAGGAGGCUGAGGAUUUUGACAUUUCAGAAGAAGCACAAGACAAGGAUUGGGGGUGCCGGUGUUACUCAAGAGGUCGUGGACAUGAUUCGUGAGAGGUGGAAGACAUCAGAGAUUGUAAGGCUGAAAUUUGAAGGUGCGGCUGCACUGAAUAUGAAGAGAAUGCAUGAGAUAUUGGAGAGAAAGACUGGUGGGCUGGUGAUUUGGAGGUCUGGCACUUCCCUUUCUCUGUAUAGAGGAGUGAGCUUUGAGGUUCCUGAGGUGAAAUUGAACAAACGAAUACUUAAGAAAAAAGAGUUUCCUUCUAAUUCCUUACCAACAGCAACUGAAAAAACUACUAGGGGUCCUUCUGAAUUUGGUACUGAUGGUAACGUGCAUGCACCUAAAGCAAAUUCAAAUUCAACAGCUGUAGAGAAGAAAGUCAGGGAACCGUUGCCAGAAGUGAAGUAUGAGGAUGAAGUAGACAAACUUUUAGAUGGUCUGGGUCCUAGGUACACAGAUUGGCCUGGGUGUGAUCCAUUACCCGUAGAUGCAGAUAUGCUCCCAGCAGUUGUUUCUGGUUACCAACCUCCAUUCAGAGUACUUCCUUAUGGAGUGAGAUCAACGCUUGGAGCAAAGGAUGCAACAAAUUUACGAAGGCUUGCCAGGGUUCUUCCUCCACAUUUUGCAUUAGGUAGAAACAGGCAGCUCCAAGGUCUAGCUAUGGCUAUGAUUAAAUUGUGGGAAAGAAGUUCAAUUGCAAAGAUUGCACUUAAGCGUGGUGUACAACUGACUACUAGUGAGAGGAUGGCUGAAGAGAUCAAGAAAUUGACAGGAGGCAUUCUGCUGUCAAGAAACAAGGACUUCUUGGUUUUCUAUAGAGGAAAGAAUUUUUUGUCACCAGAUGUCACUGAAGCCUUACUAGAAAGGGAGACAUUGGCAAAGUCACUGCAAGAUGAAGAGGAGCAGGCACGGUUGAGAGCUUCGGCCUUGAUCAUACCAAGAGUUGAAAUAACUGAGCAAUCUGGAAUUGCUGGUACACUUGGGGAAACUUUGGAUGCAGAUGCUAGGUGGGGUAGGACUCUGGAUGAUCAUCAUGAGAAAAAAAUGAUGAAGGAAGCAGAAGUAAUAAGGCACGCCGACCUUGUUAGAAAGCUUGAACACAAGCUCACUGCUGCUGAACGAAAGGUAGCGAGAGCAGAGAGAGCCCUUUCUAAAGUAGAGGAGUCUUUAAAACCAGCAGAGCAGCAAGCUGACCCAGAGAGCUUAACUGACGAGGAGAGGUUUAUGUUUCGCAAAUUAGGUUUGCGGAUGAAAGCUUUCUUACUUCUUGGUAGACGUGGAGUAUUUGAUGGUACGGUGGAGAACAUGCACCUGCAUUGGAAGUACCGCGAAUUGGUUAAGGUCUUGGUGAAGGCUAAAACUUUUGACCAUGUAAAAAAAAUUGCAUUGGCACUAGAAGCUGAGAGCGGAGGUGUGUUGGUUUCAGUAGAUAAAGUUUCCAAAGGAUAUGCAAUUAUUGUAUUCCGGGGAAAUAAAUAUAAGCGACCUGCUAUGUUGAGGCCAAAGAAUCUUUUGACAAAGAGGAAGGCUUUGGCACGUUCAAUUGAGCUACAAAGACGUGAGGCUCUCCUAAUCCAUAUUUCAGCUCUUCAGAGAAAAGUGGACAGAAUAAGAUCUGAGAUUGAACAAAUGGAGGUUGUGAAAGACCAUGGAGAUGAAGCUUUGUAUGACAAACUAGAUUCUGCAUAUUCUACUGAUGAUGACACAGAGGAGGAAGGAGAUGAGGCUUAUCUAGAGACUUAUUACAGUGAAAAUGAUGUUGGAGAUGGCAGAAGAAGCUCAAUUCGCAACCCCCAGUCUGAGACAAUUUUUUCUUAUGAUUUCCAAAAUCUAGAGUCUGAAACAAAAUCUGAGGUUCCUGAGCCACAUGAGUAUGCAGUGCCCGAUUCAUUGUGUGUUGAAUCUGAUGAAGUAGAGGAAGAAGACAAUAGAUUAACUAGAUUGAGUCAAUGAAACAGAUAAGAAUAUCAGUUGGUGAGACAGAACUAUGACAUUGUCAAGGAGUUAUGUAAAAAAAAAUCAUAAUUUUCCAGAUAGACUGUCACUCUGUACAAAUCAUAUUAGCAAGACCAUUUGUAGAUACAUUAUUUUUGUCUUCUCAGAAUUCAAGUUGGUGUCUUGGUCUCA